AUCAAGGAACAAAAGGUGGCUGUGGAUGAGCUGUCCAAUUUGAAGAAGGAUAGGAAAGUGUACGUCCAGCAGAGGAAUAGCAACAUAUUGUUCCUGGCAGACAGAGGACAGACUUUGAGUUCAUGCAAGAAGAAACUGGACAUCCUAACGAAAGAGUUACAGGACAUUUGAAGUUGACAAAUCCUGCAAUCAUGUGUGGCAUAUUUUGUCUUGUGAGUCCAGCGUCUUCUCCUUUCACAUGGGACAAUGGAGUCUAUGAACAUUUAAAAAGAAGAGGCCCCGAUUUCAGCGGGGAUUUAAUAGUGUCAUGCUCCGAUCCUACUUAUCGGUGCUUGUUCUCGGCCCACAUUCUCCACAUGAGAGGUCUUCUCACCCCACAGCCAUUCCAGGAUCCUGCCGGAAACAUUCUGCUCUGGAAUGGGGAGGUUUUCGGUGGUUUAGAAGUCCUCCCAGCCGAGAACGACACCAGAGUUGUCCUGAGGUAUUUGUCUUCUUGCAGCGACCCUUCUGAAAUUUUGUCUGUGCUUUCCGCCAUUAGAGGGCCCUGGGGGUUUGUGUACUAUCAAAAGAGCAAAGACUGCCUCUGGUUUGGGAGAGAUUACUUUGGGAGAAGGAGUUUGCUGUGGAAGUAUGACCAAAAACUGAAGGCCUUGACACUCAGCUCUGUGGGAGGCAGCCCUUGUGCACCUGGUCAGUGCAGAAUGUGUAAUAGUCAGUCCACUCCUUAUGAACCUGGCCCUUGUGGACAUAAUCAGUCUGACACUUCUGAACCUGCUCAAUCCAGCCCGUGUGUAUUUGGUCAGUCCGACUCUUGUCAAUCAGGGCAGUCAGGCACUAUUGGAUCUGGUCAGUCCAACGUUUAUGGACCUGGUCCAUGUGCAUGGCAAGAGGUUCCAGCAGUCGGUGUGUACAGAGUCGACCUGAAGUCACUUGUAGAAUCUGGAUCGCCGACAAUAGAACUUUAUAACUGGUCUCAGAGUGGAGAUGAUCUGGUCCCCCCCUGCCCAGAGAAUACCCAGCAUCACGGCCUGGGCAGCUGCAUUGUACUGAAGAACCCCCUAAACCUGCUCAGAUCACCCAUUUGUCCUCUGAAUAGAACACCGAACGAGAACCACGCAAGUCCACACUUCAGCGUGGAGGAUCUGGAAGGGCUUCUCGACAAAAUCAAAAUGAAUAAAACAGUUAAAGGUCUGAUCGAUGUCCUCAGUGAGGCUGUCAGGAAACGCGUCCAGUCUUUGCCCGACGAUCCACAGGCUAGCAAUCAUUCCAGCAUUGCCAUCCUUUUCUCAGGCGGCAUCGACUCUAUGAUUCUGGCCGUCUUGGCUCACCAUCAUGUACCCAAUUGUCAGCCGAUAGACCUUAUCAACGUGGCUUUUCAAAACCAGGAGGCUCAGAAAGAGUCGGCCAAGAGACAAAAAUCCCGUCAGAGUAAGUCUGAAACCCAAGCAUGCAAACCAUUCGAUGUCCCAGACAGGAUCACUGGUAGGUCUGGUGUUAAGGAACUCCAAGUCUUAGCUCCAGAAAGGCGAUGGAACUUUGUGGAAGUGGAUGUAACACGCGAGGAGUUGCAAAAAAUGCGGCGCAAGCGCAUCAACCACUUGGUGCAUCCACUGGACACCGUACUGGAUGACAGCUUAGGGUGCGCAGUGUGGUUCGCAGCCAAAGGGGAGGGGUUCUUGACCCGGGACCAUGACCGGACCAGCGUAACGUCUUCGGCCAAGGUCAUUCUGACAGGAAUUGGAGCUGAUGAGCAGCUAGCAGGGUACGCGAGACACAGAGUGAGGUUCCAGAUGUCCGGAUAUGAGGGACUGGUCAAGGAAAUAGCCAUGGAACUGGGCAGGAUCUCCUCCAGGAACUUGGGCAGAGACGACAGAGUGAUCGCAGACCACGGGAAAGAGGCCAGGUUCCCGUACUUGGACGAGAGUGUGGUGAGCUACUUGAACUCUCUGCCCAUGCGGGACAAGGCCGACCUGUCGCUUCCGCGGGGUGCCGGCGAGAAACUGCUGCUGAGGCUGGCCGCCCGUCAGCUUGGCCUCGGAGCGUCCGCCGUCCUGCCCAAGAGGGCUAUGCAGUUCGGGUCACGCAUCGCCAAGAUGGAGAACGGCCACGAGAAGGCGUCGGACCGGUGUGCCAGGCUCCUCGCAGAGUAGAAGGAGUCCCCGUUUUUAAAACUUUCAUGAUGUCUGUUGAUCUAGUUAUCAAUAAAAUAUGUGCCUCCUCUA